GCUUGUAGCCGGGUGCGGCAAGGGUCUGUGUGGAAGUCAACUUGCUGGCUCAAAGAACCCAGAUUUGGAAACCAGUACAGAAGGAAAGAAAGCAGAAUCUUUGGUGUCUAAAUUGGAUGCAAUUGGAAAGAAGAAUCAAAGCUUGCAAGAGACAGCUAAAGUGCAGCAGGUUAUAGCAGGUCAUAAGGUUCAGAAGAGGAAUUUGGAAUCUUCGAAGCAACAAAUCUCUGCCAAUCAAGCUAACCAAGGAAAGGGUGUAUGCAAACAACUAAAUGGAGGUAAGUAUCCCACUGAUAUGGUAACUCUAGAAGGAAGUCAAACGGCUAAUAUGGAAGGUAAUAAUGCAGUCUCUCAUGGUAUAUCUGCACUUUCCAAGAUUCCACAUAAGGAAAGCUGCAUUAGAAUUUUGGAAAGAGGGAAUUUCUCGGGGAAAGAAGAUGCCGUCCAGAAGGAGUCCUUGCCUAAUGAGGUUCAAGAACUGCAGAAUGUUAAUAUUGAAGCCCACGAAGCGAGUGUUGAUACUAUCCAUGAACUUGCGAUGAUAACUGCCAAGGAGCAACGCUUAUUAAAUGAGCAAUGUUUAAUAACCUCAGACUCCACCUUUUUUAUUGACCUUAAUUAUGCAGCUAGGAAAAAUUUCAAUAAGUCCUUAGAUGAUGAUAUGGGACUAUAUAAAGAAAAGGAGUUGCCGGAUAGAGGAUAUUACACGGAUGAUGAGGUCUCUGAUAGCACUUUUGAUCCGCUUUCCCACGGUUCACAAUCCCCACCCAGUAGUGGUCAUAAGCAUAUUCUAUCGCAGAACCGUCCAACGGGCAUGAUUACUAGAUCGAAAUCUAAAAGAGUCACUUUUUCAAUCCCUUUAAAUGAUUAA